AUGUGGUUAGUUGCGAAAAACAGUUCCCUGCUGUCGCCUGAUCUGACGCUGAUCAUUUUACAUAUUGCCUUAAGAAAUUUAAGGGUGUUGGAGUCCAUCGGGCCGAGAACCUCGAUACAUAUUGGCAAGAAUUCCAUCUUUAUUCAUGAUCAACAACAUAUCAAAAAAGUGAAUAAAAGUUAUGAAGUUGAAUAUGCGGAAACCGAACAAGAUGGUAAGUCUUGUGGUGGCCACCGCAGCAACAUCAACAACAACAACAACAACAUCAACAACAACAACAACAUCAACAACAGCAACAACCUAGUUUCAGAACCCACCAACAAUUUACUUUUCGGCGUCAACAACAGCAACAACUUCCAAUACAACAGCAACUGCAAUAACAAUUUCGAAGAGACUAUUGGCUACAAGUCAAAUCUUUCACCUUAUAUGAUGCACUUCCAACAACAUCUACAUCAUCAACAACAUCCACAUCAACAACAUCAUUCUCAACAUCAGCAUCACCACCACCACCACUACGAACAACAGCAGCAGCAACAACAACAACAACAACAACUAAAUCUUGAUUAUAAAAGUUUUUGCAGCAAAAAAUUCUAUCCUAAAAAUCUUCCGCUUCAGAAAGCGCAUUUCAACUUUUUUACAAAUUUUCAAUGGUUUAAAUUCAAAUGGCAUACGAUCAGUGUAACACAUCCAACUCGUCUGCAAAUUUGUCCCCGGGGGUUUCAUCGCAUGCGGGAUCGAUCCUUGUGA